AUGCUGAAGAACUGCUGGAGGAAGCUGCUGCUGUCCCUGGUAGGGGCCACCCUUACCUGCCUGCUGGUCCUGGUGGUGGAUCAGCAGAAAAGACAGCUGGUACAGAUGGCGCAGACCGACCUGUCCGGGCUGAUCGGGGCAGCCUCCUCUGUCCAGGGAGGGGGGGACCCCUCCGCCAAGGACGCCCAGACCUUCUCCGCUUAUUUCAGCCAGCUCACCCGGGAAAGAAAGGACGUGGAGCAGGUGGGGGCCCCUUCUGCAGGGGCCUCGGGGGCCAGCAAGCCCCCCAUAGAAGACAUCACCGCUAAAGAUGUCUUCAUUGCCGUGAAGACCACCAAGAAGUUCCACCGGUCCAGGAUGGACCUGCUCAUGGACACCUGGAUCUCCAGGAACAAGGAGCAGACUUUCAUCUUCACGGAUGGGGAGGAUGAAGAGCUGCAGAAAAAGACAGAUAAUGUCAUCAGCACAAACUGCUCUGCUGCUCACAGCCGCCAAGCCUUGUCCUGUAAAAUGGCUGUUGAGUACGACACGUUCAUAGAGUCAAACAUGAAGUGGUUCUGCCAUGUAGAUGAUGACAAUUACGUCAAUGUGAAGACUCUAAUUAAACUGUUGUCACGUUACUCUCAUACGAAUGAUAUCUAUAUUGGGAAGCCAAGCUUGGAUCGGCCCAUCCAAGCUACUGAGAGGAUUAGUGAAAGCAAAAUGGUAAGUGAGAGGCCUGGAGAGAUGUUCUUUUUAGCAAGGAAGAACUGA